UUUCCCGAAUGGUAUCGCCCGGGAAAUAAAAAUAAUAAUUUCAAAGCCGAUACCAAAUUUAUUAACGCUGUAUCCACUGAAUCCUCUGUACGACACAGAAACGCUGUACCCACUGCAUCAUAUAAAAACUCUGUUUCCUCUGCAUCAUAUAAUAACACUACACCCACUGAAUCCUCUGCAUCACGUAAAAACAUUGUAUCCACUGCAUCAUAUAAAAACACUGUAUCCUCUGCAUCAUAUAAAAACACUGUAUCCUCUGCAUCAUAUAAAAAAGCUACAUCCGCCGUAUCCACUGCAUCACAUAAAAACACUGUAUCCACUGAAUCAUCUGCAUCACGUAAAAACACUGUAUCCUCUGCGUCACACAGAAACAUCAUAUCCGCUGUAUCCUCUGCAUCAUACAACAACAGUACAUCCGCCGUAUCCUCUGCAUCAUAUAGUAAGACCGUAUUCACUGAACCCUCUGUAUCGCGAAGAAACACUGUAUCCACUGCAUCCUCUGUAUCCUCUGUAUCCACUGUAUCCACUGCAUCCUCUGCAUCCUCUGUAUCCACUGUAUCCACUGCAUCCUCUGCAUCCUCUGUAUCCACUGUAUCCACUGCAUCCUCUGCAUCCACUGCAUCCUCUGUAUCCACUGCAUCCUCUGUAUCCUCUACAUUAUGUAGAAACACUGCAUCCUCUGUAUCCACUGUACCCACUGCAUCCUCUAUAUCCUCUGUAUCCUCUACAUUAGGUAGAAACACUACAACCUCUAGAUCCACUGCAUCCUCUGUAUCCUCUGUUUCCUCUACAUCCGUUGAACCCACUGUGUCCACUGUAUCCUCUGUUUCCUCUACAUCCGUUGAACCCACUGUGUCCACUGUAUCCUCUUUAUCCACAGUUCCCAAAACUCUCGCAUUUACUGUAUCAACUACGUCAACCAUUUCUAAACCUAUAAUGAGCACUAUGCCCACUGUUUCACUAUUAUCAAAUGAUCUUCCUGAAAAAAUAUAUAAAAUUAAUACGAAUUCUAAAAGAUAUUUACCUUGUGUUGUAUUACGAACCUCUAAAUCCUAUCAACCUAUAAAUCUCUUAGUCGACACUGGAUCCUCUAUAUCAAGCUUUCGAAAUCCUAAAGAGUAA